AGACUCGGUGCAUCUGGAGGCAGAAUGUCGGGGAAGGGGGGCAAGGGCGCAGCUGAGGAUCCAGGGUCAGAGCCCACGCUGGGGAUGGACCCCUUCGAGGACACACUGCGGCGGCUGCGGGAGGCCUUCAACACAGGGCGGACCCGGCCAGCCGACUUCCGGGCCGCGCAGCUGGAGGGCCUGAGCCGCUUCCUGCAGGACAACAAGCAGCUUCUGCAGGACGCGCUGGUGCAGGACCUGCACAAGUCACCGUUUGAGUCAGACGUAUCUGAGCUCAUCACAAGCCAAAACGAGGUUGACCUGGCGCUCAAGAACCUGCAGGACUGGAUGAAGGACGAGCCGGCCAGCAAGAGCCUGCUCACGAGGCUGGACUCAGCCUUCGUCCGGAAGGAGCCAUUUGGCCUCGUGCUAAUCAUCGCCCCCUGGAACUACCCUGUGAACCUGACACUGGUGCCUCUGGUGGGGGCCCUCGCGGCAGGGAACUGUGUGGUGCUGAAGCCAUCAGAAAUAAGCAAGAGCACGGAGAAGGUCCUGGCCGAGAUGCUGCCCCAGUACCUGGACCAGAGCUGCUUUGCUGUGGUGCUGGGUGGGCCCCAGGAGACAGGCCGGCUGCUGGAGCACAAGUUUGACUACAUCUUCUUCACAGGGAGCCCCCGCGUGGGCAAGAUCAUCAUGGCUGCUGCCGCCAAGCACCUGACACCCGUCACCCUGGAGCUGGGGGGCAAGAACCCCUGCUACGUGGACGACGACUGCGACCCCCAGACCGUGGCCAACCGUGUGGCCUUGUUCCGCUACUUCAACGCCGGCCAGACCUGCGUGGCCCCCGACUACAUCCUGUGCAGCCCUGAAACGCAGGAGCGGCUGCUGCCCGCCCUGCAGAGCAGCAUCACCCGCUUCUAUGGCGACGACCCCCGGAGCUCCCCAAACCUGGGCCGCAUCAUCAACCAGAAACAGUUCCAGCGGCUGCAGGGACUGCUGGGCUGUGGCCGCGUGGCCAUCGGUGGCCAGAGCGACGAGAGCGACCUCUACAUUGCUCCCACAGUGCUGGUGGACGUGCAGGAGACGGAGCCGGUGAUGCAGGAGGAGAUCUUUGGGCCCAUCCUGCCCAUCGUGAACGUGAGGAGCCUGGAUGAGGCCAUCGACUUCAUCAAGCGGCGGGAGAAGCCCCUGGCCCUGUACGCCUUCUCCAACAGCAGCCAGGUAGUGAACCAGAUGCUGGAUCAGACCAGCAGCGGCAGCUUUGUAGGCAACGAGGGCUUUGUCUACCUGACUCUGCCAUCCCUGCCACUAGGGGGAGUCGGCAACAGCGGGAUGGGCAGGUACCACGGCAAGUUCUCCUUCGACACCUUUUCCCACCACCGCGCCUGCCUGCUCUCCUACCCAGGCCUGGAGAAGCUCAAAGAAAUCCGCUAUCCACCCUUUACUUACUGGAAGCAGCAGCUGAUAAGCUGGGCCCUGGGCUCCCAGAACUGCACCCUGCUGUGAGCACUCGCCCCCUCCAGCACCACAGCUUCAGUCCCUCUGUCUUGCGGCCCAUGGCUGCUCGGUCCCUGACCUACCCUGGGCUGCCAGUUGCUGGCCCCACGCUCAGUCAUCCCUGAAAGGCAGCUGUCCAUUCCAGGGUGUAAAGAUCCCACUCCUGGGGCUUUGUCUGAACAGAUCCCUGGCUAGACAGGACCUCUAGAUGGUCCAGUCCCUUUCAGGGUCAAAGUCCCUUCCGCAGCCUCCUGACAGAUUCAUUGACCUUCUGCUAAGAUAUGUCUGGUAAUGGAGAGAGAAACCUGUCCCCCAAAGGUUGGGCAGAUUCUGUGGUUAAAGAGAAUCUAUAAAUUGUCAGAUCUAUAAAUAGGAUCCCAAAAGAGCAAUUCCUAACAGCUCCAUUCAUAACUGGUUUGGGGAGCUGGGUAUG